UUACAACCCAUUCUUCAAAGCCUAUUUAUUUAGACUGACAAUUAGAUUAUAAUAAUACAGUCUGAGAAACAAUAUGCUUGCAUGAUGGAAUUUUGGAAUAAAUUUAUGGUGACAUAAUCUAUAUAUCAAAGCUUUCUAUAAUAUAUUUGCUGCUAGGAUGAUGCAACGACCUCCAACUGGAUGGCGAGGAGGGCCAAACAUGCCUGAUUGGGCAUACAAACCAGAGUCAGCACCCGGAAGCAGACAAGUUCAAUUAUGGCAUUUUAUUCUAGAAUUAUUGCAAGAUGAACAAUAUCAGGAUGUGAUUGCAUGGCAAGGAGAAUAUGGUGAAUUCGUUAUUAAAGACCCAGACGAGGUUGCAAAAUUGUGGGGAAUACGAAAAUGCAAACCACAUAUGAAUUAUGAUAAACUGAGUAGAGCAUUGAGGUAUUAUUACAACAAGAGAAUUCUGUACAAAACUAAAGGGAAGAGAUUUACAUAUCAAUUUAAUUUCCGUGAACUGGCUGCUCCCAUAGGACUGACACCUCCCUUGCCUCCCAACCAUCAAAUGUCACCUUCUGCUGCUGCCGCCAUAUCGGCAAACAUGUUUGGUCGACAACAUCAUCCACUGCUGCUCAAUCAUACACAGAAUUCUUUAAGAGCACCAACGCUGCUUGCUGCAAGUCCAGUCAAAUGUGACUCAAAUGAAAAUGUAUUUAGUUCUUUGCAAGAAUCACCACUUGUUUCCCCAAUUAUUCAUCCAAUAUCACAGAAAACAGUAGCAGCUGCUCGUUUGUUGCGUGGAUCUGUCAGUGAUGGAAGCGAAGAAUCAUUGCCCACCUCAGAAGCAGAUUCUGAAAAUGGCAAUCUAUCUCGCCAUGCUGCACCAAUCAGUCCUCUUGUAGGACCUAUCGGUUUAAGAAAAUAUCAUUGUCAUCCUUCUGUUAUACCAGGACAUUUCAGGCACAGGAUGAUGCCGGCCUCUAUUCUGAGCAGUAUGUACGCAGCUCAAGGGAGCCCUGGACUCUAUCCAGGUGGUUUACCACCAGCUUUAUCAGGAAACCCACACACACCAGGCAGUUUUAGGCUGCCAUUGAAUUUGUAUCCUGGGUCACUGCCAACCACCCCUACAUAUCUAGGAUACACUCCAAGUCCGUCCUUUUCUCCUGGUUUCAGUCCCGCCCAAACUGCCAGCCCAGGAUUUCACAAUGGAGGAAGGAAAGGACCUUUCUUUUCUUUCGAUGUUGAUGAUAUCAAAGCUUAUCACAGCCAUGAACCUCAGGGUCGCACAAAUCCAGGCACAUCUUCCCACUCUUCUCAGGCAACUGGAUCUAAUGGUGCAACAACAAACAAUGUGUCAAACGGAUUUUUGACUCCUAACACACCUUCCACUCCUCACACCCCUUCCAUGCUUUUAUCUCCUCUGAGAAAACAUGAGAUAAAUAUGAACGGAGGAUUGGCACAUAAUGCUAUGAUCAAGUUGCAGAAACCUCCUUUGACAAGAAAAAGAAGUAAUGUUGGUGAUGGGGGAUGCACACCGAAGCAGAUAAAAUCAGAGAGAUUAUUAAGUGGUGAAGAGACUCCUACUGCGAUAAUACAAUCAGAAAAUGUUCCAGAUAAUAAUAGUGAUGAUCAUCAAGAUUCCUCAGAAUUAUCUCAGCUAAGCACAGAUGCAAACGAUUAUGUUCCAAGCGACGAAGAAAAAAUCGAUGUCGAGACAGUUUCAAACUGCGAUGAAUCGUCUAAUUCUUGUUUUUCUGAGUCUGAAACACCGAAGCAUGAUGCUGAAGAAGCCAUAAAAAGUUCAGAAUCAGUUCCAUCACCACCACCCCGUACAAUGGAAAGUAGUUAUCGCAGUGUUUCAUCUGAAUCCACUAGAUUGGCUCCUCCAAAACUUAGGUUUAAGGGUAAACUAUCUGAAGAUCUCGAUGUCAGUGAACAUUUUGGUAAUUCAUUAUCACUCAAUUCACCAUCACAUUUGACUAAAAAUCAUUCUAAAGAGUCAAGUUCAUUUUUCAACUUCGGGUCGACAGGCAACUCAGUCUUUGCUCCACCAGCUCCGAUACGACUGCUACCAGGAUAUCAUUUAUCUCCUGAACCAUUGAAUAUGAAAAAGAAAAAAGGUCGCUCCGGUCACAGCAUUCGAGACAUUCUUGGGACCGGUUCAAGCGACGAAGAUGAAAAAAUUGAUAAAAAUAAUGCACCUUCCAAACGAGAUUCUGAAGAAAGGAAUGUCUCUUCUGAUACUUCCUUAAAAAUGGAAGAAGAUUUACUUGAGGAAAAUGGACAAGACCACAAGAACUCUUCAGACUCAUCUAUGUUCAAAGCAUCGGAGGAAGAUGUGUCUGUGAAUGUGGAAGACGAAGAACAACUAUGGGAUUAGAUUGGAAGUCAACAACAGGCCAUUUUUAAGAUAUUUGACAAUACAUGGUAAUAUUGCCAGUCAAUUGUAAUUCACGCAUCAGUUUUAGACUUUCUGAAGUUCUUUGCUGGAAUUCCAAAGGGGCCUAAUGCUGCUGCAAAUUAGUUCAAUGUCUUCAUACAUCUGUACUGCAAAUUAACUUGAGUUUGGAAGUUUUUUUACUUUUUUAUUAUUCUCCACCCUACCUAUUUUAUGUUUCAUAGUACAGUUUGAAUUUUUACCCUCUCUGUGGUUCACUUCAUAAUUCAGAAUUAUACGAUGAAGAUACAAUGGUAUGUUUAAAUGUGAGCUAAGGAAUUGUCAAAAAUUUAAAUUUGCUCGGAAAAGGGCUAUUUAGUUAAAUAUGAUGCAAAAACUAACUCCUCAAAUAAUUUACUCGGUUUUUCAUGAUUUCACGUCAGCUCUAUUCAUCUCAAAAAUUCAACUAUAUUUCUAGCAAUGAAAUAUGUAAAAUGAUCACUGUAUGUUACUAAGUCUGAGACUACAAAAUAAACUUUGAUUGUCAAAAUUUAUUUAGUCUUAAUAAGUCUUUAUUCAGCUGCAAAUAUUCGAACAGUCUGUUUCAAGAAAAGUUUUGUCCUGCUUGACAGCAAGUUAAUUUGAUAUUUCCAUAUUUGCAGUUACACUUAGUUAAAUCUCCGAAAACCUCUAAAUUGAUUACUAUUUAUCUAUGGUUUAAUAUCAAUUAUUGACUGGUAUUAGGUAAUAAUAAUAAGCAUAGGGAUAAUCCUAAACAAAUUCACUUGUUAAAAUAACUGGAGUGUAUUCUGUAUUUUCAGGUAUCCUGCAAUAUCAAUUGCAAAAUUAUAGCAUUGCUGUAAUGAAAAUUUUUGCCCAUAUUGUGGCAGCUUCCAAGGCUUUUUUGAUUCAAUUUCCAAUAGGAAGCUAUUUCUUGGAUUCCGCCCAUUGUCAUGAAUUUUUUCAAGAGCAAUGCAGAUGAUGUAGUUGUACUACCUAUAAUCGGAUCAGUAUCUGUAUUGUUGCAUAGUAAGGAUUGAGUUGAACAGUAUUUUCAAUCUCAUCUAUAUUUCUCCUGAACAAUGCUUCGAACAAGUAGGUACUGUAUGGCGUAGUAUGAACUUGAAUGACAGGAACUUCUCUGUCUACUUAUAUCAAUUAAUUAGCCCUUGGUUUAGAUGUUGGUGAGCGUUAAUUUCUAGGUCAACAAGACUUUUCAUGGUAUAUCUAUAGACCUAUCCAGCAAAGCAUAUGCUAAAUUGUUACUACAUACCUAGCUUAUUUUGAAGUGGAUGAACUAGAUCAAGAUUUCUUAUUUGCUGAUGAAUUACACUUUUACCUGCCAAAAUUAGUACUAAUGUUUUUAUUGUUCAUUUUACUAUUAUUCUAUUUACUUAUUGUUAUUAUUAAUACCUUUUUCUUAUAUUCAAUUGUAGCAUAUUUCUUUUUAUUUGACGACAUUAUUAAUAUGAUAAUGGUGAUGCCAAUUUUUCUCGAUUUUUUGUGCCUAAACCUUACUAAUCCAGUUUUUGUAUGUACAAAGUAUGUAGUGCCAUGUUAGAUUCAUCGCAACACAAUCCCCACCACAGACAAAUUUUAUAUUCUCCCAUCUUAUGUUUUGCGUGAUGAUUCAUUUUCUUCGACAUUCAACGCAGUUAUUAUGGGAUGACUUGGUCUGUGAUUAAUGUAUUUCGAAAAUAAUUGUUCAAUAUUACAGCACUAAAGGUUUUAAAGAUUUUAUCUGUUAUGGAAUUGCGGAACAUAAGUCUUUGUUUUACUUUUUUCUCAGUAUAUUUUCUGUAUGAUAAACAAGUUCAAAUCUGAUUUUUACCGCUCUUCUGUUAUAUACUCUGUGAGAUCACCAGUUUAAUUUAUACUUGACAAGAUAGCUUCGUUUGUUGCAUAUGGAUUGUCUGACUCUGUAAUAAGCAUGCAUUUUAUUUUGAAUUUCUCCAAAAGUUAUCGAUUCAUUUUAUCGAUGUUUUUCGAAAAUAUUCAGGUUCCUAUGUAACUACAAAACAUCACAUAUAUUUUUUGCAAUAACAAUUUGCUUUGCUAUAGUUCUGACCAGAAUUUCCGAUCUUGGACCACAUGUUUUAUUAAUGGGCAUCUAUCAAUAGCCGAUACAGAGCAGAGUGAAAAGACAGUUCUUAUCCUUGUUCGCUUUUUUGUCUUGUAUGAUGCUGGAGAAGAUCAAGUUCUAUUCACAAAUAGCAUUGAGAUUCUACAUAUUACUUUGAUUUGGUUGAGUAUAAAAUAUCAUACAUAAAAUGACACACAUGUUAUUUCGACCAGAAUGACAAUGAUUAUUAUUUUUGUAUUCUACCGUCUGGAAUUCAUAAAAUAGGUUAUUUCAGUAUACUGAUGUGUUCCUAUUUAGCAUUCUAGAAUCCUGCUUCAAAUUAAAAAUUCAGAUCUAGAAUACUGAUUUUUCUGAAGAUUUUGAGAUAUGAUCCCAAUCCCAAAUAAUUUCAAUGUGGUAUUCUUGUUUAUCACUGUUGUGCAAUUACAUAAUAAAUUAGAACCCAUAUUUUGGAUUACUUCUGUAAACAAUAAAUAAGAACUUGGAUAAAUAUAUCUUUCAUUUACUACAGCAUGAUAAUGUGCCAAAAGUUCAAGUAUUUUGUGGUGGAUCUUAUUUUCUAUUUUCAUAGCUAUUCUUUAUUUUAAAAAUAGCCGACUAUAGUUUCAGCUUUUGAACCAGUAUAAUUUGAGUUUCAAUCUUUGCGUAGGAAAAGUGUUUGGAAAGUAUUUUCAUUGCUCUCUUCCAUAUUGUGUGAGUCUUCUUAUGCUGUUAUUGUUUUUUGAUACCAGUAGUUCUAAAUUUGCUAGCCUGUCACGUUCUUCUGUAUUUUUUACCCUUUUGUUUAAAUUGUUCCUAUCUUUCAAUUGUAUAAACCCUAGUAACCUUUUUUUCUGGUGGCUGCUUGUAUCGAAUUCAUCAUUUAUCAAACUCCUUGCAAAUGCCAAAAAAUGUCUUUUUGAAAGAAAUUUUGCAUUAUUUUUUCAUCAUUUUUCCUCAUAUUUCUGAGUAAUUUCUUCGUUUUACCAUGUUCAGCUUCUUGUGGUCUGAAGCAAAGCUUGAUUCACAGAUUUGAUUCUUAGAUCCAUCACCAUAUUUAUCAGUAUAGCAUAGGUACGUGACAAUGAAAAAAUUCCAGGAAAACUUUUAUGUUUUAUUCCAAGUUCGAUUUGAUUCUAAAAUAAUCAAUUAUGGGUUUUAAAUUUUCCUGUUCAAUUUAAUGUAGAAAACUUUUACUUAUGAAAUAUCCAUCAAUCCAAUUAAAGGCCAUAUAUUGCUCUGGAGUUUCGAAAUUUUGUAAUCAGUCAGGAUAUAACAUUUGGUGUAGUAUGGAACUCUUAUCGAUGUGCUGGUACCAAUUUGUAAACAUCAAUUAGCUGAUAUGACAUGGUAUUUCUGCUAACCACUUAAUGUGUCAUUUUGCAAAACUAUGAAAUGUUGAAACUAUUGUGUGUGCUUUUUGAUACGGUUUUAUGUGUAUUUUGAGUAGUUUUAAAACGAAACAAUAUUUGUACGGUUUUAAAACCAAGAAACCUGAAGCAGUAUUUUCAGUCUUUGGAGUCAAACUUGGAGCAUGUACCAAAUUUUUAAGUAUUCCACUUGUUAAUGAAAUAUUUUGCCUAAUAAAAACUGCUUGUAAUA